ACACGAUGGAGUUCGCCUGAAGCCAUGGUAACUGGUGACCAAUCAACAGAAGGAGAUAGCUGGUCUUUUGGCAUCGUCUUGUGGGAAAUUGUGACAUUAGGUGCGAGGCCAUACCCUAGAAUGACCUUUGACACUGUCCAAAAGGAGGUUGCCAAUGGUUACCAGAUGCCACGCCCUCGCCAUUGUGGACAAGAAGUGUAUACGGUCAUGUCUGGUUGUUGGGAGAAGGAAGCUACAAAUCGGAGUAACUUUGAUCAUAUCCUCAAGAGUUUGGAAAGGAUUCUAGAAAAGACUCAUAAUUAUCUGUCUCUCAAUGACUUGGAUGAAGGAUUGUAUGCGUCUACACUGGACAUGUGAAAUUAAGCCGUGUUCGGAUAUGCAGCGGUACUACAACGCAUCUACAUCUUGUAAACCGUACGAUGGUUGGAUCAGUAUAGGGACAUCAGAAGGAAUAACUUGUGUUAAACUUAGCCAAGAAUGCUGAAUCAGACUAGAUCGCAAAUACUUGUAUGAAUCUUGCAUCAAGUAUACGUCUGUUUGAAAAAAAUUGUAUUUUUAAGAUCAUUUGGUAAAAAUUUGUAAAAAAGUUACUUAAAAAAGUUAAGUUUACACUGUCAAGAGGUCCAGAUAUUCUAGAAGACACGAAAUUUGUGAAUAUCAAGGUUAUAGCGGCCGAUCUCUAACAUUCAACAGCAUAUUCUCAUGAUUUUUUUGUCGGUUAUGUUGUGUAUAUACUGAGUAAAACUUACUUCUAAUUAACCUUGCUACGUUUGCUAAUAUUUGUGUUAUUUCAUAGUAUUGUUGUAAGUGGAUGACCACCUACCCCCUUUCUUCUUUCUGUUCAUCACCCACUCUCUCUCUCUCAUUUUCCUCUCUAUCUUUCUCUUUCCCUCUGUUUCUCUUCUACCUUUCUUUCCC